AUGCGUUCUUCGGCCAGUGCCUUGUGGCUUUAUGGGUUCCUCUUUGCGACUCUCGCUUCUGUCGUCCGCGGAGAGUUAGAACCGGACUUUAUGAGUGUACGAAAGAAUGUAACGAAGGAAUAUGAGAGCAAAACACACAUUCCGACAGAGAAAUACUUUCCUUCCAUCAUCAUUACGAUGGCCGGUAUGAGUCUCCAGUCCCUUUCAGCCCGAGUAGAACUGAUGGCCUCUAGCUUUGCCAACGAAACUCUUCCCGACACGGAGGUCAUCCCUCACCUCUCGGCCUUGAUCCAAACCUACUUCACAACGAUGAACGCGAUUGGGGCUGAGACAUGGAUCAUGCACGGCACCCUCUUGGCUUGGUGGUGGAACCAGAAGAUCUUUCCAUGGGACAAUGAUCUCGAUGUCCAGAUCUCUGAACCUACAAUCCAUUUCUUGGCCGAUUACUAUAACAUGACCGAGCAUCACUUUGAUAUCCCCGAUGUCGACGGCGGCCGCACAUAUAUGCUCGAGAUCAAUCCAAACUAUGUCGUGAAGUCCGACCAAGAUACACUGAACAAGAUUGAUGCACGAUGGAUCGACAUGUCGUCUGGUUUGUUCAUUGAUAUCACGGCAGUGAGGAAAGACGAGGAGAAGAGAAGCAAAGGCAGCCCAGAGGCGUUGAUGUGCAAGGAUAAACAUCACUACGAUGAGAGUGACAUUUUCCCGUUGCGCGAAAGUCUGUUCGAAGGUGUUUCGGUCAAGAUCCCGUAUGCUUAUACGUAUCUUCUUGAGGAGGAAUAUAGUGCUAAAGCACUCACCCGAACGAGCUUCUAUGGUCAUAAUUUCAAUGAACAGACCAAGAUCUGGGAGUCUGCUUCCGAUAAUUCUCCGAUCCUACCUACCCACACGACUGUGGAACCCACCUCGAGCUCCCGCAGCUGUGUCACCUGUCGCCGCCGUAAGGUCCGAUGCAACAAACGGUCGCCAUGCUCAAAUUGCACGAAGGCUGGCAUCGACUGCGUCUUCCCGCCGCCUGGUCGCGCCCCGCGUAAGUCGAAACGCCCCCCAGACGCUGAGCUGCUUUCGCGCCUGCGUCGCCUGGAGGGCGUCAUAGAUCACCUGAAGGGUGGCCAGACUGAGGGAAGCCCCUCAGCUCCGGGUAGCUCGUCAACUGGGCCUUCGACUUUCCUGAGUGAUAAUGGGAGGUCUGACGUUGAGCCGCAGGCGUCACAAGUGCAGCAACCACAACAACAACCGCAACCACAGCCACAAUCACAAACAGAAAGCGGCUGUCCUUUUGGGGAUCCAGAUCCGAAUAAAGUUGAUCCAAAUAAAUUUGAGAAUGAGUUUGGACGACUUGUCAUUGAUGAAGGGCGGAGCCGAUAUGUAAGCAAUCGGCUUUGGGCUAGUCUUGGGGACGAGAUUGAAGAACUGCAGGAUAUUCUUGAUCACUCAUCCUCUGACGAAGAAGACAUGCCUUCCCCGGAGUCAGCACAUUCAGGCUCACAUGAUGGGUUCCUAUUCGGGUUCUACUCACUCUCACAAUCUCUUCGAGAAUUCCAUCCUCCCAUGUCCAAAGUAUCAAUACUUUGGGAAAUAUACAGGGAGAAUGUCGCUCCUUUGAUCACCAUCGUACAUAGACCAACAGCUCAGAGCCUGUUCGUCAAAGCGGCACAAAACCCAAGCGCCCUGGAUAAGAACCAAGAGGCCCUAGUGUUCUCGAUGUACCUCUGUACCAUUGUCAGUAUGACACCUGAUCAGUGCAUGCGUCAAUUCGACUUGGAUCGCACCUUGGCCGUCAAACGGUACCGUUUCGCAACGGAGCAAGCACUCGCAAAAGCCGGGUUUCUCAACACACAGAGUUUGGUCCUCCUUCAAGCCGCGGUAAUGUUCCUGGUCUGCGUCCGACGAGAAGACGAUAGCAAGUUUGUUUGGUCCAUGACCUCAAUUGUCUUGCGGAUUGCUCAGGGCUUAGGUCUACACCGGGAUGGAACCAAUUUCGCUCUUAAACCGUUCGAAACAGACAUGCGCCGCCGACUAUGGUGGCAUAUCUCGUUGAUGGACAUUCGGUCAUCGGAGGACCAUGGCACUGAUCCACUCAUUCACGAAAACAUGUUCGAUACCCGACUCCCAUUAAAUAUCAAUGAUGAAGAUAUCACGCCUGAUAUGGAGGAGGCUCCCGCUGAGCGGGAAGGUUGUACAGAUGCUACAUUCUGUCUGAUUCGUUGCGAGAUUACAAAUGCCUUGCGACGGGCUAAUUAUGUUUGUCCUGGUGCUCAGUGGCGCACGCCUGGGGGGAUACCAUCCCCAGAAAGAUGCGAACGCAUGAUUCAGAUCAUCAGCAAUCGUUGCGAACAACGGUAUAUCCGACAUUGUGACAUGAAUAUCCCAAUUCAGUGGUGUGCUGCAACAGUGGCACGACUUAUCCUUGCUAAGCUAUGGCUCAUCGUUCAUCAUCCAAUGACCCGCAAAGACCGCAGCAAUAUCUCGCAAGCAACACGCGAAAGCCUAUUCCAGACUGCAAUUGAAGUUCUUGAGUUCGGCCGUUUACUCGAAGCUGAUCCCAAAACCGCGAAAUGGGGCUGGUUGUUCCGCACCAAUAUGCAAUGGCACGGCGUUGCCUUUGUGCUUUCAGAAAUUUGCGUUCGUUCAAUGUGCCCAGUCACCGACCGAGCCUGGAACGCUGUCAGUUCACUCUACUCGGACUGGGCGAUUCAAGGAACCCAUAAGAAGGGCAUGCUCUGGCGGCCCUUGGCUGCUCUGAUGAAGCGAGCUGCGGCCAGACGUGCUGAGCAACACCGGGAGCUCAUAGAUAGGUUUGGGCCACUACCUAUGAGCGAGCCAACCCUGAUUCCUGGAGACAACCAGUCUCUCCCGAGAAUCCACAUGCCCAAUGUCCCAGCGACUCGAGAAACAUUCGGGUCAGACGCAAAUUUCAACAUUGACCUUAGCCAGGGUCCCUUGGGCGCUUUGCAAACCCUUUUUCCCGGCUCGAACCUUUUUGAUACCCCAACCAAUAUGCUUGAUGGCCCUGCCCAAACUGCCGCAGAUCCAUCUGUGACUUCCUAUGCUUUCAUGAGCAACCCUCUUCUCAACCUGGAACCGUGUCCCGAAGCACCAGAGGCACCCCAGCUCAGUUGGGAGGAAUGGGAUCAGGUCAUGCGUGAUUUCCAAAUGGACGUCGAAAAGGACGAAUCUGACCCAACCCAGGGGACAAAUCGCCACGCGGCCUCAACUACCUCCGCGGCUCCCUCCGCGGUUACUACGCCCGCAACACCAAAACUCUCGUCCGGCCCUGCCACCUUGAAGACAAAUGCUUCGGCUGCCGAAAUUGCCCAGCAUGUCUGGCAGCAAUACGUAUCCACCACACCCCAGCGAACACUGCUUCUAGACGCCUUCAUGGCGUUCCUGGUUCUCGUCGGCGGCCUACAGUUCCUGUAUUGUGUUCUUGCCGGAAACUACCCCUUCAACGCGUUCCUCAGCGGCUUCGGAGCCGCCGUUGGCCAAUUUGUUUUGACGGCUAGUCUGCGCAUGCAGACGAGUGACAGUGGUGUGGGAUCGAAGCCUAGCUCUAAGGGAAAGAAUGCGCGGUUUGCAGAUGAGAGUGAAGAGGGGACGGGUACUUCGCAUGAGAGGGCCUUUGCCGAUUAUAUCUUUGGAAGCUUGAUCCUACACUUCUUCUGCAUCAACUUUAUCAACUGA